CAUUUUUCGAGAGAAAUGGCGGCUACCCUCGACAACAUCGUUGAUACGGACAGCGAGGACGAACUGCCCCCAGGAUGGGAGGAAAGGGUCACCUUCGAAGGAAAAGUCUACUAUGCCAACCAUGCAACUAAAUCUACUCAGUGGACACACCCCGUCAGUGGUAAAAAGAAAAUUGUAAAAGGAGAUUUGCCGCACGGAUGGGAAAUGAAGAUUUCAGAGGACGGCACCGUAUAUUAUGUCGAUCACAUCAAUGAGAAAACUACUUUUACAGACCCCAGGCUAGCAUUUGCUGAAGAAGUGGUUGAUACACCAAAUGAUUUCCGUCAGCGCUUUGAUGGUAACUCAAAUGGUAUGCAAGUGUUGCAGGGGUUAGAUUUCACUGGGAAAUAUGCCAUUGUCACCGGAGCUAACUGUGGCAUCGGUUUUGAAACAGCACGUUCUCUGGCUUUACAUGGUGCCUUUGUAAUAUUAGCUUGCCGCAACGUGGAGUCUGCUAAUGAAGCAUGUCAGAAGAUUCUUGAUGAGAGGCCAAUAGCCAAAGUCGAAGUAAUGCCUUUAGACCUGGCAUCUUUGAAAAGUGUUCGAUAUUUUUCUGAAACCUACAAAUGUCGGAAAUGGCCCCUACACAUUUUGAUCCUCAAUGCUGGUGUGUUCGGACUACCACAUGUUCUUACCGAAGAUAACAUCGAAACCGUGUUCCAAGUAAACCACUUAGCUCACUUCUACCUGACGAUGUUGUUGAAAGAUGUUCUGAUUAGUUCGAAACCUGCCAGAGUUGUCGUAGUGUCUUCUGAGUCACACAGAUUUGCUUCUUUGACCACAGAAAACAUGACCGAAGACGAACUCUCUCCGCCACAGAGUCACUACUCUCAUAUGAAGGCCUACAAUAACUCGAAACUCUGUAACGUCCUCUUUUCUAAUGAGCUCAACCGACGCCUCUUGCCAUUAGGUGUCGCUACCAAUGCCUUACAUCCUGGAAAUAUGAUGAGUUCUCAAUUAGCAAGGAAUUGGUGGUUCUAUAAAUUGAUUUUUACCUUUGUCAGACCAUUUACAAAAAGCAUGCAACAAGGAUGUGCCACGACUCUGUAUUGUGCCGCGGUGCCAGAACUACAAGGAAUUGGUGGAAUGUAUUUCAACAAUUGUUGUCGAUGUCAGCCUUCAGAAAAAUCAGGAGAUGUUAAACUUAUCAAGAAAUUGUGGGAAAUUAGUGUUAAGAUGCUCAAUGACCGCUCGUUUACUUGUUAAUUAACAGGUUUCUUUCCAUCAAUGAUUAUGGGUAUCGGAUCAUUUUUUUUUUUGUUUUAUAUAAUUAUUUUGUUAUUUUAUUUAACUGCUAACGGGUUUGUAGUAGUUUUGUGCUAAAUUAUAUAUCGACAUACAAGAGAUUAUCACAAUGUAAGUAAUUUUGAUCUACACACACACAUGCAUACCUAUAUACACACACGCAUACACACCUAUAAACAGACCUAUGCACACACACACACACA